UCAUGUUACGACUUGUGUGGAAGAUCCUUAGCGGAAACUCGCAAGCUGAGGCCUCUGAUAUGAAACUCUUGCAAGAAAAACUACGACGCAUGGAAGAGGAUCUUCGGGACAGUAGUGAUGUCAAUACAACACUGCACAAUGAAACUUCACAGGAGCCACGUGUCUACGAUGUAGUAGAACCGACAAACUGCUUUAAGAAAACCGGACGCGUAACCGCCAUGCGCGGGGACCACUUCAUUAUUGACCAGCUUUAUUUUGUGCCGAAGACAAUGCUGAAAAAUUGCGUUUCGUCGGAACGUAUCGAAGAGAACUCGCGCCUCUCGUUUCUCGCUUAUCGUAAGCAUGAUGAGGCAUCGGGCGAAAGUACGGUGAAGGUGGUUAAAAUUUUGUCCCUCAUCGAUGAAAUGUGGACGGAGAACGGGAUCGCGGUGGAUGAAUCCAACUGGACGGAACAGAACGCAAAGCCAACAUCUGGCAAAGAUACUGUCUAUUACAAACGAACACAACGUCGGGAACCGGGAAAAGUCAUCGAGAAGGACGGCAACGUGAUUGUCAUCGAAACAGAUAUUGGCGCCCCGAUCAACGUGGACAUGGAUAAGAUACGCAUGUCGUUCGUCCCGGUACUGGGCGAUUACGUUACGCUCGAUUGCUAUGUGCAGAUGGACAGCGAGUAUGUCGAUUUCAAGGGUGAGGUGCUGGAAGUAAUUGCCAUCGAACCGUCGCGUACAGUUAAUGGGAGUGGAAAAAUUUCAACCAUCGAUACAAACGGUGGUGAAAUUUUCACCCUAAGCGGCAAAUAUGUUUACCAGGCCGAUGUAUUGGCUGGCAGCUAUCGACCGUCAGUUGGAGAUACGGUAACCUUUAUAGCCAUCGAGAAUGAACACGUUCAAAUGCGGUGUCUGAGUGUUAAAUAUGUUGAAGGCAGCAAGAUUGUUGCUAGGGAACCAGAUCGGACCAAUGCAACUGUACCUGCUCCGAACAGUACCAGUCAGUCUGAGAAUGAUAAACCAAAACCUUCAAACGGAACCAAAAUAGCAGGAAGAGAAGGCACCAAGGAAGAAACGCAAAUAUGGUCGGAUAAACAGGGAAUCAAAAUUAUCGGCGAUUUCGAGGUUCAGCUGAAGGGAACAAGUGAAUCGACCGUAUGCAAGAUCACUGUAAGGAACGAGUCUAGAAAACGUCACCGGAUUUUACAGGUUAAACCAAUGAAAACCAUCCAACAACCAAUAGUAAACCUGAAAAGUCCGGUGGCCAAUGCCCAGCUCGUCCUGUUUCCCGGCGAUAGGGAAGAAUAUGUGUUCAGUAUCACCGGUGACUCUUUUCCCGGAUGGCACCGUGAGGGCUGGGUGUGGAUGUUCGCUGGUAAUUUUCAAAUAGGUCGCACUUUUAACAUCAACAUUGGUGAUAAUGGGCACCAGCUAUCCGACAUAAGUGGUGCAACCGAGAAUCCGCAAAAUCCUGCCAGCAAUGCAAGGUUGAGACAAUUGCAACAAAAGUUGGCUGCCCUGAACAUGCGUCGAGAAAUGAAAACGGCACGUAUCAUCCCGGGACAGCGGAUAAGCAAACCACCCAACUUCGUCGCAUUCAAAAUCCCGAUGUACACCGUACCAUCGGAGCUGUUCGAGCUGGUCCUCGGGGCGGAAAAUAGACACCAACUUCGGGAAGCCCUCGGAAAGCCCCCGUAUUGUCUGGACGAGCCACUGUCCAUUCGUAACUAUACCCGCCUGUUCGGACACUGGAUCUUUCUGGAGGAAAUAAAUCAAUAUAUCUCGUUCCGGAAGUUCGACAUGGAACGUGCACACUUUAUACCAGUUGAAAAUUUUUUGGCCCUGCACAUGCCCAACAUUGCCGAGACACGUCCAUCCGUGAUGCUAGGGGACACGGUAAACGCUACCGCUCCGUGGUGUAAAGAGGACGACAAAGAAGUGCCCACUUACCAAGGAGUCAUUCACAAGGUUCAGCAAAACCGAGUCCUGUUGAAGUUUAACUCCAACUUUCAGUCUCGUUACAACGGCGAAAGCUAUCGAAUUACGUUCUCGUAUGGACGGGGUCCCUACCGGAAGCAGCAGCAUGCCAUCACGCGGGUUAGAGCCACCAUGGGGAUGGAGUACCUAUUUCCGGAGAAGAUUGCAGCCCGAGAGCCUGCUCUUAACGUGCGUCUAAAUGACAGCGAAGAACUGGUGUUGGAAAAUGCAGACGGUACACCGGGUGAAGUAUUACCCUGGCGGAAUCCAAAUCUGAAUCACUAUCAGAAGGCCGCGAUCAUGAAUGUAUUGCGUGGCGAAGCGCGUCCAUUGCCGUACAUUAUAUUUGGCCCACCUGGCACAGGGAAAACGAUCACCACAAUCGAGUUGAUUCAUCAGCUGGCACUAAAUUCACCCGACAGUCGGCUCAUCGUCGCUACGCCGUCAAAUAGUGCCGCGUAUCUUAUCACCGAACGGUUGGCCGUGGCUGGCGUGCUCAAGCCAGGCGAUUUCAUCCGACUGGUCAGCACAAACCAGGUGGAACGGGAAUCGAUCCCGGAACAUUUGGCUCCCUUCUGCGCAACGGUAGACAUCUCCGAAGAGCGGAACAGCUCCGGUGAAACGCUGGUAACCGAAUCGGGGCUGCGCAUGAAGUGCCAGGCGAAGCACAUUGGACGCCAUCGGGUGACGAUCAGCACCUGUUCGGGCAUCGGCGUACUGAUGCAGUUACGCUUUGCACGCAACCAUUUCACGCACGUCAUCAUCGACGAGGCGGGACAGUCCAGUGAACCGGAGGUGCUAAUUCCGAUCUCCCUCAUCAACCAGACCGUGGGCUCGGUAACACUUGUUGGCGACCCGAAACAACUCGGGCCGACCAUACUUUCGUUCGAGGGAAAGGCCUAUGGAUACGAUAUUCCACUGCUGGAGCGACUUUUAAACACCGCACGCCCCUACAGUAUUGAUCGGGAUCGAUUUCCCGACACGCAUGGCUACAAUCCGCGGCUAGUGACCAAACUGUGCAUCAACUAUCGCUCCAUCCCGUCGGUGCUCAAGCUGUACAGCGACAUCUUCUACGAUUCACAGCUCGUGCCAAAGCAAAAAACGCUCAGCAUUGAAGACACCAUGUUGCUAGCAACGCUCCAAGGCAUACUUCGUAUAACGCGACCAAUCGUUAAUCACGGGUUCUUUUUCUGUGGCAUCGAUGGUACCAACCUGCAGACCCCGGACAGUCCGUCGUGGUUAAACGCGCCCGAGGCAAAUAUGGUGCACUCAAUCGUGGAGAAGCUGUACCGAAAGGGUUACCAGCCGUCCGAUAUUGGCAUCAUCACGCCGUACGUGAAGCAGGCUAAAAUCAUACGGCGCAUUUUUGAUACCGCAUCGCUCGAGGCACCGAAGACGGGCUCGGUGGAAGAAUUCCAAGGCCAGGAGCGCCGGAUUGUGAUCGUCUCGACGGUUCGUUCGUCCCGCACGCUUGUCGUACGCGACAAGGAUUCGCUGCUCGGGUUUAUUUCUUCUCCAAAGCGAGUCAAUGUGGCGCUCUCUCGCGCCAAGGUGGCGCUCGUUGUUGUCGGCAAUCCAAAACUGCUCGCCAUUGACCACAUUUGGAUACGGGUGCUUCAGCAGGCUGUUAACAACGACACGUAUUUCGGAUUUCCGCUGCCCGCAACCCUGCUGGCCGCCAUCCAGGCUGGAACACCACUCGUUACGGCACAGUAAAACAAAAGGUGGUUGAGAAAAAAAACGAUUCCCCUGCUGAAUCCCGAACUUGAAUUACAAAUGCAAUACUACACGUUCCUUUCAUGAGUUUGGAUUCUUUUCAUCGUUUUAUUUUUGGUAAUAAUUUCUUUCUUUUAUCCAACUUUGGCUGCCGAAUGUAUGAACAAAUUUUCAUCUUCUAAUUAUAUGAAAUAAAACUAAAGACGAUUUUUGUAAC